AUGUGCAAGUUCAUUUGUUUCAUAUUUGUCGUAUCUUCAAUGGUAGUGGACGGUGCAAACAGAUGGCUCAACAACGGUGAAUUCUGUGAAACACCCUUCGGCGCAUUUGGUACUUGUGAGUUGGUGAGAAACUGUUCUUAUGUAAAAAAGAUUUUCUCCAAGCCAGACUUUUCGGCCUACGACGAGGAAUACUUGAACUCAUUGAAGUGUGGUGAGAUGAAAAUUCAUGGUAAAAAACCUUUUCCACUGGUAUGUUGUCCAACGUUUGAAAAUGUUCACUGCAAAAAUGAAUUCUCGAAUAGAAUUUACGAUGGCAUUACAACACAGCGAGGAGAAUUCCCGUGGGCCGCCCUUUUGUUUUAUGACGUCGGAAUCAAUCGCCCGGUGCCGAAAUGUGGUGGAUCGCUUAUCAGCGAACUAUACGUGAUAACGGCUGCCCACUGUACCACCGGCAAACCACAGUGGCAGCUUCUUUUCGCCCGCUUCAAUGAGUUCAACACGACCAGCAACGAAAAUUGUACUUACAUUGAUGAAGAGGAAAUCUGUCGGUAUGACUAUGCUAUAGAAUCGGUCAUCCCCCACCCGGAUUACGGUAGGAAUCAAAAUUCUCAGCCGAAUGAUAUCUGCAUCCUGAGGCUUGCCACGGCAGUAACGUUCAACUUUUUCGUGAAGCCAAUCUGCUUGCCCCUUGAAACGGACGUACAGGGGCUUCCCGUUGUGAAACAUAACUUCACCGUUACUGGAUGGGGUGAAACGGAAAAUGCAAUGCGAAGUGAACUUCAGCUGCAUGUAGUAAUACCCGGAUUGGACAAUACGGUCUGUAACUCGGUUUAUAAAGUUGCCAACGUGACACUAUCGGAUAAGCAGCUUUGUGUCGGUGGACUAAAUGGUACCGACUCGUGCCGCGGUGAUUCUGGAGGACCUCUUAUGCGGAAUGUGUCGAAUAUCUGGUAUUUGGCAGGAGUCGUCAGCUUUGGCGCCCGGCUAUGUGGAACGGAAGGCCUUCCCGGCGUGUACACUAAUGUGGAGAAGUACUUGAGCUGGAUCGAAGAUAUAACGUUCGUAGAGCAAUAUUGGUAA